AGUCCCUGCGCAGAAGACACACAUUCUCUAAGCUCGCACAUAUUGACAGUGGACGCGUCAGGCAUACGAAAAGAAGCCGCAAGCUACACUUGUUCCACCCACCUGGCCGUGCGCUCCGGGGCCUAGAGACACGGCUGGACGGAAAGACGGAUGGUCAGAGGCGGCGGCCGGGCGACGGACGAACGGACGCAUCUGCCGGUGUGAGCUGCGUCGUGAUCGUGCGGAGCCGAGGGGCAAAGGUGGCCGAAAAGGGAGAGGAGCCAUAAAAAACAGCCGGCUUUAAAGGACGGAAAAUCCAUUUAACGGGCGGAUUAUAAGCAGAGAGAGAGGGGGGGGUUGGCGGUUCGUACAGGUAGCAGUCUCUCUCACCUUAAACCAUGGUGUCCACAGUUCUUGCUGUGACACUGUCUGUCACCUUACUCCACCUGUCCUCAGGUCAGACCGCCACGCCAGGUGAGCCGGGGGAUGAUGUCAUUGGCGAAAGUGCUGGCCCCUCACGGAGAUGGCCUCCUCGCCAGCCAACAUCGACGCCGCAGUCGCUUGGAGACCUUAUCCAUGCAGCUCUUCUCAGCAAAGAGCAUCUUGGGCGAACCCUGAGUUCUGCCGGAACAACCACCAAUCCCACGCAGGCUGUGCCUCCUGUCCACCAAUCAGGGCCCUCAUCCACCAUGAUGUCACCGGGAGUUCUCACCACGGCUGCCACAUCGUCAGCUGGCCAGCCCCGUGCGUGGAGCGCUGUUACAUCAUCACCCUCGGAGGAGGAAACCACGACGACUCUAAUUACCACGACAACCAUAACGACGGUGCACACGCCUGUGCAGUGCAAUGCCAGUCUGUCAGAGAUGGAAGGAAUUGUGGAGUCCCCAGAUAUACACUCUUCUUCCUCUCCUGUGUACGCCCCACUGGAAUGCACCUAUACCAUCACCGUUUACCGUGGCUACGGGGUGGAGAUCCAGGUCAAGAAGGUGAAUCUCUCUAAAGAGGAAUCCCUGACCAUACUUGGAUUGGGUGGUGAUGGUCCGGAGCUCCUGGCCAAUGAGACACUGAUGAGUGAGGGUCAGGUGAUACGCAGCUCAACCAACCAGGUGCAAGUUUACUACCGCAGCCUCCAGCCAACCAACCAUGGUGUCUUCAGCCUGCAUUAUCAAGCUUUCCUCCUGUCCUGUUCAUUCCCUCGCUCUCCUGAGGGAGGCGGUGUAACAGUGACAGAUCUUCAUCCUGGAGGUCAGGCCCACUUCCACUGUGACCCUGGCUUCCAGGUCAGAGGUCAUGAAGUGGCCACCUGCCUAAACUCUACACGGCCUCACUGGAGCUCCACAGAACCACAAUGUGUUGCUGUAUCGUGCGGAGGAUGGAUCAGAAAUGCCACCGUGGGCCGAAUCCUCUCCCCUGCACCCCCCUCUGCCAGUAACCAUAGCACCACCAACAACCUGAGCUGUCAUUGGCUGAUUGAAGCCAGGGAGGGGCAUAGGCUCCACCUCCACUUUGAGAGGAUGGCGCUGGAUGAGGACGAUGAUCGGCUGAUUGUGCGGGGAGGGAACAGUUCGUUGUCCCCGGUGCAGUUUGACUCGGACCUGGACGAUGUCCCCGAGCGCGGCAUCGUCAGUGAGGGUUCCGCACUCUACCUGGAGCUGACCGCCGACUCUUCCAGCAUCCCGCUGCUGCUGGCGCUGCGUUACGAGGCUUUCGACGGGGAGCACUGCUACGAACCCUACCUACCUCACGGUAACUUCAGCAGCAGUGACAUCACCUUCCCGCUGGGUACAGUCGUUACCUUCUCAUGCUCGCCUGGGUUUGCCCUGGAACAGGGCCCGGGGGUCAUCGAGUGCGUGGACCCCAGUGACCCCCACUGGAAUGAGAGCGAGCCGCUGUGCCGAGCACUCUGCGGGGGGGAGCUGACAGAGCCCAUGGGCACGGUGCUCUCUCCUGACUGGCCACAGAGCUACGCCAAGGGGCAGGACUGCGUGUGGCAAAUACACGUCAACGAGGACAAACGGAUUGAACUCGACAUCCAGAUCUUAAAUAUUCGCCACAAUGAUGUCCUCACUAUAUUUGAUGGUCAUGACCUCACCUCGCAUGUGAUUGGCCAGUACCUGGGAUCACGGGAGCGUUUUCAAGUUAUGUCAGGGGGGUCAGAUGUCAUGGUUCAGUUCCAGAGUGACCCUGACGAUUCCACCUUCAUCCUCAGCCAAGGAUUCCUCAUUCACUAUCGAGAGGUGGAGCGUAAUGACACAUGUCCUGUCCUCCCUCCAAUUGAAUUUGGGUGGAGAAGCUUCUCCCACCCAUCUAUGGUGAGGGGCAGUGUGCUGACCUAUCAGUGUCAGCCUGGGUAUGACAUAAUUGGUUCUGACAUAAUCACCUGCCAAUGGGAUCUCUCCUGGAGUAACAGCCCGCCUACCUGUCAGAAAGCCCAGCAAUGCUCAGAUCCAGGGGAGAUAGUGAAUGGGGCCCGCUCCGUACGCCCCGAACCUGGCUUUGCCGUCGGGACGGUCGUGCGCUUCUCAUGUAAUCAAGGCUACCAGUUGGAGGGCCCGGUUCAGAUCUCCUGCCACGGUCGUGACACUGGGACCCCCAAGUGGAGCGACAGAAGCCCAAAGUGUGUCUUGAAGUACGACCCGUGUCCAAACCCAGGCGUGCCCGAUAACGGCUACCAGACUCUGUACAAGCACAGCUAUCAGGCGGGGGAGUCACUGCGCUUCUUCUGCUAUGAAGGUUACGAGCUGAUUGGUGAGGUCACCAUCAGUUGCAUCCCUGGUCACCCGUCGCAGUGGAGCAGCCCGCCACCUUUCUGCAAAGUGGCUUAUGAGGAACUUUUAGAUGACCACAAGCUUGAAGGGUAUUCCAAUGUAGUAUCCAGGACCACUGACCCAUCACACCAGAUGGAUGGUGAGAACAUCGCCUUGGCGAUCUUCCUGCCAAUCAUCUUGGUCAUCUUCCUGAUCGGCGGAAUCUACAUGUAUUACACCAACAUGUGUAGGUUCCAGUGGAAGCCAAUGUUUUGGAAAUCUCUGUCACAUACCCACUCCUACAGCCCCAUCACGGUUGAGUCGGAUUUUAACAACCCUCUGUAUGAGGCUGGGGACACACGCGAGUACGAAGUGUCCAUCUGAAAACAUAAAACACAGAAAUGACUGGAGCGAGCUGGAGGGGUGAAGCCUGAACUAAAAAGAGAGGGGAGCACUUUUGAUCUCUUCAUGCCCACUACCUUCGUCACACGCAUCGCCACGCCUCCCUGUCUCUGCCCCGCCUCCCUGUCUCUGCCCCGCCUCCCUGUCUAUGCCCCGCCUCCCUGCCUCUGCCCCGCCUCCCUGUCUAUGCCCCGCCUCCCUGUCUAUGCCCCGCCUCCCUGCCUCUGCCCCGCCUCCCUGUCUAUGCCCCGCCUCCCUGCCUUUGCCCCACUCCAUGUACCUCCCCGUCCCUCAGUCUGUGCUCCAUCUGUCUCAUCAUAUGAAUGUGUAUCUUACGGUCUCUUUGCCCCUGAGCAUCAUGUUUCUUGCUGUCCUGUACAUAACAGUCUCCCAGCACUGUUGUUUUCAGUGUCAGACUUCCAAUCUAUAAUUAGGACUGGUGCCUUAGAGAGAGAGGGGGAUGAAACUGACAAAAAGCGGUGAGGAAAAACAUGGAAGUAGCAGUACAGCUGGAUCCUGCGAUAGGCACAGACAGGCAGGAAGGUUGCCACACGAACGCAGGAACAAAAUGAAUGUAAAUAUUUUGAUUAAAUAUCGGGGCUUAAAUGCAUAUGUAACACGUGCCAAAAUCCCAUUAAUGUGAUGUCACCGCACAUUUCACGUUUGUAGCCAUAGUAGUUUCUCCAUGAACUGUAAAAUACAAAGACAAUGAUGCAUUUUGUUUAUAGCAGUUCCUUAAAAAAUAUUCUGCUCGAUCUUAAUUUUGGAAAAAGGAAUGAAAAGCAGAGUGGAAGAAUGUGAUCACUUUUGUGAAAUUGGAUGAAGAGGAAGUGCCAGAAUGUUUUCACUUUUAAAGCACGCAAUGAUUGUAUACUCUGUUGCUUCUGCUAAAUCAUAUAAUUACAAUUAUUAUUAUUAUUGUUAUUAUGCUAUUGGUGUUGUUGUAUAUGCACAUGUUGAAAAAAAAGUAUAAAACUGGUUGCUUGCCGUGAUACCGUACUGAAAAGUAUUCUUUUUUAUUAUAUUAUGGUUUAUUUUCCGUCCAGUGAGUUACGGUUCUCUCACUGUACCAGCAUACGGGUUUAGAAAAAACAUUGUCAUUGUAUUAUUGUUAUUAUUUAUUGUCGUUUUUAAUCAUCAAUGACAACUGUUUAUGAAUUUGUUGAAAUUUAAGAUGAAAUUAAAAAAAUCUGUUGGAUGGUGAAAA